AUGGGGCCGCCAGGCCUUCGGCGAGGCCCGGCUGCCUGGCGCAGCCCGAUUUGCGCCAGCAUUCAUUGCCAUCUGAUCUCGCGACGCCGGACGCGUUCCGGGAGUCGAGCUGUCCCGGGUGGCGUUUGCUCUGUCAUUCUGGGCGUUUUCAAGAAGCGGCGGCAAAAUGGAAUCCGAAAAAUACCCCCGCCGAGCCCAAGCCAAAAACCCCGCCGGAAGCGCUCCCGCGCAUCAGAAGAGGCGGCCGCCCCCCCUAAGCGAAGGAACAAAGCGGCAGAAGGCGGUGGACGCGAAGAGGGAGGCGCCGGGCUAUUUUCGACCAUGCCGCCGACCGGCCAGCGAGACGAAGCAGAACCUGCGUG